AUGGAGAUCUCCUAUCCGUUUUAUCUUGCAAUCACAAUUUGUCUACCGGCUCUUGCCUUCGCAGCUCUACCUCCAGCAGCCCCACUUGCAGGCGGGAUCUUUAGGGAAUCGCGCAAUUCAACACUCCCGUUCAACUUGCCAGCACCACCGGUGAACUUCCAUCCUUCACUACUCAAUGUGAGCGACCCUUGGGACAUGCGUGUUCACGGUACACCCAUAACGCUCGAGUGGUACGGCUACCGAGAUCCACUCCCCGUAUCUGAGACCCACCGUUGUGUAAUGAAGGCAGUAGAUGAAGUAGCACAGCGCGCGUGGGCGGGUUACUGGGCCACCCCAAUGGGACAACUCCCAUACUCCUACUCGGAUGGCAAUGUGAAUUUGUGGCUGAGAGUCGAGCCUGGUGAGACCUUACUCUGGGAUUCUUGGUCCGAGGUGCUACCCCUCUUUCCACAGUAUUUGGAAGCAAAUGAGUGGAGGGGAGCACAGUUCGUUAUUUUGUGGGAUGAGCCGGGCGAGGCUAAGGUUGUUGCUUUUGGCCAUCUGUUGGCGGAGUGA